AUCAUGGAUCAUCCGAUCAAAACCGACUCCUUUGCAUCCAUGGCCUGAUGAAGCGGGAGUCCAACGCUGCGAAAAUCGAACCGCCCAAGCGGAAGAAAAAGAAGACGAAGAAGGGGAAUCCUGAAUGGCUGGAGGACUGCAGAAAUCGGCCGUUCUUUACCACUAUCCAUGUCCGGACGGUGCAUUUGCCGCACUUGCUGCUCAUCUUUACUUCUCCUCCUUUGGGGACGACUACCCUGUUCUGUUCUUCCCAAAUACGGUCUAUAAACCUCUAAGGAUUGAUGACCUUCCCUUAGGUGAUAUUGAUGAUGUUUACCUCCUUGACUUUGUUGGUCCACCUGGUUUUGUCAAGGAUGUCUCUUCAAAAGUCCGAAGAGUUAUCAUAUUAGAUCAUCAUAAGACAGCACUUGAGAUGUUCAGUAAAGAUGAUACCUUCUCGCAGAACAUUAUUAAGGUCAUAGACAUGGAAAGAAGUGGCGCAACAAUUGCUUUUGACUUCUUCAUUGAGAAGCUUCACGAAAGAUACAAAGGCAGCCUUUCCCCUGAUACAUAUCUUGUGAAGAUGUUUCCAGAGACUGAACUUAGUAGGGUUACUCAGCUUUUCAAGUAUAUUGAAGAUGCAGACCUUUGGAGAUGGGCUCUUCCAGAUAGUAAAGCAUUUUCCAGUGGGUUGAAAGAUAUCAAUCUUGAAUAUAACUAUAGGCUGAACCCAAAUUUGUUUGGACAGUUGCUAUCACUGGAUCCUUCAGAUAUAAUCUGCCAAGGCAAGAUAAGCUUAUUACACAGACAAAAGUUAAUUGAUGAGGCUCUUCAAUCCUCAUAUGAAAUCUCACUAGGAAAAGGGCUACAUGGGAAUUGCUUGGCUGUCAAUGCUGACUCUAUUUCAAAUUUGAGGAGUGAGCUUGGGAAUCAGCUGGCUGUCAAAAGCUCUGUUAUGAAAUUGAGGGGAAUUGGUGCAGUUGUUUACGGAGUCCCAGAACUGGAGGAUGGGCACUUGCUGAAGAUAAGCCUUAGGAGUGUGGGUUCAGAAGACACAACAGUCAUAUCACAGAAAUAUGGAGGUGGUGGUCAUCGGAAUGCAAGCUCAUUCAUGUUGAAAGCAGAUGAGUUUGAAAGAUGGAAGGUGCAUCCAGUGGCUAAAUUCAGGCCUUCAGUUUCCAAAUGUUCUCUCUUAUACCGUUGUCUUGUGAUUGCGUGCACUUAUUGGAGCAAAGUCUUCCUGUAAUCUUUUAAACUUCAUGGCUUGUCUCUUCUUCAGCACAAGGACAAAGUUAUCUCUGGUUACACAAAAAAUCUGCUCUGUUGUUCUAAGUAGUUUUCAGGGUUGCACCUAUCUUGUCAUUGUCGACCGUCCUGUAAAAUAAGAUCCAGAUUUGGUGUUGAGGAAAGGUUCAACCUGCAAUGGGGUCAGGUCUGUAGGCCAUGAUUGUUAUAAGGAGUUGGGUGUAGUUUACCAAAUUUGUACCAAAUCAGGGUUUUGUCUUUGUAAGUCUUAUAGAGUUCAAGUAUGGUUGUUUCUUCCUUUGGUCAGGAUGGGUGUGGAUCCUGGUCUAAUCUCUUCCCUCUGACCUUUGUCGAGGCAUUCACAUGCCUACCAUGUUGGGGGUCUGAACCAUGCGUCUGUUUGUCCUUUUCAAAUGAAAAAGUUGUUUUUGCUCACUAA